GCCUCCGACCUAGUUGGUGUUGUCAAAGGUGCAAACGCGCCACAGAUUGAAAACUUAGUCAAUCAGUUGUUGGCAGAAGAACACGAAAUUGCUGACGGGACUCGUACACGUACUGUAAUUGAAGACGUAUACACGAGAGAAAUUCAGGAGGCAAAGGAAGCGGAGGCCAAGCGGAAAGCCCUUGAAAUAGAAAUUGAACAGGAAACAUUCCCACUUAUUAUCAGUCCGGAUUUUGUUGGUACUGACGUCGCUAAUGAAAUCACCGAUAUGCUCCAGGAGAAGGACUUUGAAAUUGUAGUUGAUGAAGAAAAAGUACUUACGGAUGAGAUACUCUCUGUACUAUUGAUGGAUGAACAAGAAGACGAAGAUUUCGGUGACCGGCUGAAUUUGUUUUCCAGCGGGCCGUCCCGUUGUCUCAUUAUCAUAAAGGGUUCACAAGGAAUAUUCGAAGAAAUCACACCAUUUUUUGCCUUGCAUAAAGUCAACGAAACAAAAAACGAGGAAGAUAGUUUACUAGAUGCCCAGGAACUUAAUGCAGAUGAGGAGGAAGUAAAGCCGUUUGAAAGUAUCAGAGACAAAUAUGGAAAUGGUGACCGCAAGGCAGUUGUGAAGUUUUGGGAGUCCAAAGAAUUAGCUGACAAGGCACGUCAAAUUUUGUUUCCAAAUUUUACACCGGCAAAAGUUAUAACGCGGCGGAAAGAGGAGGAAAAGCCAGAAAAAAGUCGCGGAUCGGUCGAAGAAAAAGAUGGUGCAGCACAAUCCAGUCAUUUAGAAGAGUCUGAAGAGUUAAAAUCACAGCUCAUCCUAAUCGUGAUCUUCCCGCCUGCGGCUGAAGCAUUUCAAAUGGAAAUAAUGGCAACUCUCAGUGAAGCCAACUUUGACAUCAAAUUGGCACGUGAAUUCAAUUUCACCGAGGAGACUGCGCGAAAAUUCUGCGACGUCAUAAAAGUGGAUUUCAGCAGCCCAGACCUAGUGAAGAACAUGACUUCAGGAGCGACGUUUGUUUUGAUGGCAUCAAAACACGAUGCUUUUGAAGCAAUGAAGGAGAUGAUUGGCCCGGAAUCCUUUUCGCAAGCCAGAAAAAACGAGCCGCAUUCGCUUAGGGCACGAUACUCGGCACUACCGGGAACUGAGAAGACCGGCGACCUGCCCUGGAUCUACGCCAGUUGCAGUGCACAAGAGACCCUAGCCUGGCUUCCGCAUUUCUUCCCGACGGAAGAGACGCUGGCCGGCCUCAAGACGGACACAAUGCUGCCCAAAACUGUAGAAGCCAUAAAGCAUGCCGGAUUCGAAAUUGUAGCCCAAAAGGAGCAGGAAAUAGUGGAAGGAGAUGUGCACUUUCUCUACCAGGAGCAUGCUGACCAGGCUUUUAUGCAGGACCUUGUUGACAAUUUGACCCAAUGUAUCAUCACCUUCCUGGUGCUGAGGGCGCCUGCUGCCAUCACUAGCUGGCGAGUGCUCAUGGGGUGCUCAGAUGCUGAAGCAGGGUUUGCCGAACCCAGCACUGACUCCCAAUCUUCCUCCUCUGUUCUAAGAGCCAUAUAUGGCAAAAAUAUCAUGGAAAACGCGGUCUUCGCAAGCACAACGGAAGAAAGCGCGAAAAAGUGCAUAGAAUACAUCUUCGGAGCGAACUGGAAUGCCGAAGCAGAAUCGUUCUUUCAGUCGACAGCGGACACGCCCCACGAUAUCGUUUACGCCAGCAAUGUCCAUGUUAAAUCAGCGCAGAUCAUGGCGAGAAGAGUUGGCGUUCGACGGGUUGCCGAGAUAGCUAAAAGGGAGCUCGCUCCUGGACGCAGACUGGGAGAGGUGGAUUCGCUCCUCACACUGGUUGCAUUUCCACCGCAAGGAGAUGGAUUUUCUACAUCUAAGAUUGAUUCACCUAGCGCCUUGCCAGACAGGGCAGUUUAUGUACCCAAACAGCCAACGGCAACCUCGGCGGACUCGAUUAUUGUCGUUGGAAGUGAGCAAAGUCAUGACGAUGAAAAGUACGUGCUCAGAAUUAAUAACAGAACGGGUUCAAGUCUAUUUCUCUCUAAAACUAAUAUUUUUGAAAGACGGACCCAGCCACGUGUCCGUGUCAACGCGUAUCACGACAGGGAAUGGAUGGGCAUAUGCAGCCGAAAUGCUGCUGGAACCGCUUAG